AUGGCCCAGCUUCCCGACUACUACGCCGUGCUCGGCGUCGACCCGACAGCGACCCCAGCAGAGAUCACUCGCGCGUGGCGUCGUCUUGUGCUCCUGAGUCAUCCCGACAAAAGACGAGCGGGCGAUGUAUCCCCCGUCGACAUCGUUCUCGUGAAUGAAGCCCGCGCGGUGCUCUCCGAUCCCAGCCGGCGGAAAGAGUUCGACGCUCAGUACUUUGCCUCCACCUCGUGUCGUGAUGUGCCCGAGCCCAAGGGACCGCGGAUACGAGAGUACGUCUCGUUGGAAGAGUUCACGCCGAAACCCGACGAGGACGAGCCAGAAGAGUACACGCUCGAGUGUCGUUGUGGGCAGGACUAUGUCAUCACCGUCCCAGAGUUGGAGGACGGUGUCGAUGUCGUUGGCUGUCCCGGCUGUGGAGAGUACAUCGGCGUCGACUACGAGGUUGUAGAGGAGUAG